CCUUGGUCGAGUCGCACGCCUCCGCUUCUGCGCCUUAUCCUGAUUUUCUGUCACUGCAAGCGGAGGCGAAGAUGGUCCCUUUAGGAGCCUGAGAAGAAGGGAAAAAAACUCACUCCCUGGAAGGCUCAGUGGUGCUGGGGAGAUGGAUGAUGGAGAGAAACAGGCUGUAUUAUUAACUCCCCCAGCACAUUCCAGGAUGGUGCUCCAAAAGGAUUCCUUCCCUUACAUUUGAUUCUCGCUUCCCCACACGCUCCCCGGCAAACCUUUCCUGUUCUGCCAGGAGAAGAGACCCCGCUGAAGAAGAUGUCUUUGGUGCUGAGGCUUCUUUGCCUUCUCCUCCUGGAUACAGUCCUUGGCAGUUACUCGGAAGACCAGUGCAGUUGGAGGGGAAGUGGCCUGUCCCAAGAAGCAGGCAGCGUCGAGCAGAUCUCCAUGCACUGUGCUGAGGGGUCCUUGGAGUGGCUGUACCCGGCCGGAGCUUUGCGCCUGAGCCUCUUCCCCCGCCUCCCCACGGGCACCCCCGGCAGUGAGAAGAACCCCCGGCGAGUCACCGCCUGCAUCAAGUCCUCCAGCAGCUUCAGAGGAGCUCAGAUUUACUUGGAGAGGGACGGCGUCUUGGAGCUGCUGCUCUCGGAGGCCGACGCUGCCUUGCAACCCAAGGUGCGCUGCUUUAGCUGGCUGCCCAGGGAGAAGGUGGCCCUCUUCCUCCAGUCCACCUUGCAUCAGGACAUCAGCCGCCGGAUCGCUGCCUUCCGCUACGAGCUGCAGGGCGACUGGAAUUCCCGCUUUUCGUGGCCGUCCAGCAACCUCAGCAUGGAAGAUGCAGGAACCUGCAGGCCUUGCAACAACACUGAGAUCCUGAUGGCUGUUUGCACUAGUGAUUUCGUCAUCCGUGGCAACAUCCGGACAGUCUCCAAUGACAUGGAGCUGCAAGAAUCCAUCAUCAGUGUGAGUGCUACGCGGAUCCACCGCCAGAAGUUUGCCUUGUUCCAACCGGUUGGCAAAUAUGGGAAAUCCACGGGCAGCAUUCGUACCCUGCUGCGGUGUGGGGUGAAAGCCGGACCUGGCAGCUUCCUGUUCACGGGGUGGCUACAUUUCGGGGAAGCGUGGCUCAGCUGCGCCCCCCGCUACAAAGACUUCCGCCACAUCUACGAGGACGCGCGUCAGGCUCACGAAAACCCCUGCGAGGUCUCGUUGGACUGAUCCAAGGAGGUGGGAGGCAGGGAGAGGGAAUGAAGCCCUCCCUUAGAUUUUGGGAAGUGGGGGUUGCUGUGCAUCAUGGCUGUGGCUGUAGACACCCAACUGAGUGGUGGCGGCAGGAGCUAUCUUUGAACACAGAAGGGAGAGGCUCUCUUUCCCCCCCAAAGGAGCUGACCUAUCACUUCUGGGUCAUCUCUCCACCAGAGUUAGGCCAAGAAGAAUUAAAGGGGUUACUGUCUGCUUAGGCUGAGACACACCAUGUGUAAGAGAAAGGGAAUUAAUUCCAUAAAUGAAGGGACAUCUCGCUCUCGACUUCCCACCCGCCGGCCACUUCGUGAACCACAAAUGCCCACAAAGAGGAUUGAUCUUUCCAUUCUGUGACUCCUGCAGUCAAAUGGCACCAGUUUCUGGGACCCAGGAUUACUUCUCGGUUGGUGACUGAAACCAUAAGGAGAAUGGGAUUCUCGUGCUACGAAAUGCAAUCUUGAUCCUCCCCCGCCCCACAUUGUGACUUUGUCUUCAAGUCAAAUGAGAUGUCUGCUAGGAGGUCCAACUGGAGAUAGACAUGUGCACAGUUUUGCUCCGCUGAACUUCUUUUCCCAUCAAACACACGUCCAGUCUAUUGCAGGGAAUGGUUCUAGUGGCUCUCUGCACAUUCCCCGGCCCCAAAUGAAGUGCUGUCUUCUAAGAAUGUGCAGAAGGGGCAACUGAUAGGUUGAUGGCCAGAUUCAGGUCUUCCGUCCACAUCUGAUGGAUUUCCAGCCUAGCUGCAAUUAUCCGCUCAGGUGCUUGGGGAGGUAAUCGUGUUCUGUACCUCACCACCCACUGCUGUCACAAAAGACCCCCGAAUGAAAUCUUGGAGAGCUGCUGCCAGUCAGUGCAGACAGUAUUGAGAUAGAUGGACCAAGGGUCUGACUCAGUAAAAGGCAGCUUCCUGAUUCCUUUUCUCCUCCUCUUUUGUGUGCUGCUGCUGUGCAUGGGAUCUGGGUACCUCCUCUUCUAUCGUCUCCAGUUCCUUACCAAUGUGGCAGGGGGAGGGGGGACCAGAACAUAUUUGCAAGAAUCGGAUCCAGUUUCUACUCUCACUGCUAUCCUCCUUCUGUCCCUCUUUCCCAAGCUGGUUCCUAGGAAAUCUAAAGUUCGGCGGGGGGAAAUGUGUGCCCUCCUGGUUGUGACAGUAGAAUGUCCUCAGCUCUGCGUGGAAACCAUGCUGCUAAAUCCAAGAGAUGUUUAGAAGGUCGGGGAGGAGAGUUGGUCUUGUGGUAGUGAAUAUGAAUUGUCCCCUUUGCUAAGCAGGGUCAAGCUUGGUUUGUUUUUGGGUGGGAGUACAUGUGUGAGCACUGUAAGAUAAUCUAAGGGGAUGGUCAUAGCUCAGUGGAGGAGCAUCUGUUUUGCAUGGAAAAGGUCCCACACUCAAUCCCUGAAAGCAUCUCCAGGUGGGGCUGGGAGAGUCUCCUUCCUGAAACCUUGGCGUGCCACUGCCAAUCAGUGUGGUCAGUACUGAGCUAGAUGGACCAAUAGUCUGACUCAGUAUAUGGCAGCUUCCUAUGUUCCUUUUGUUUAAUGGUCAGGACCUCAAAGGAUAUCUUCUCCUAGGCCAGUUGUUUCCAUCUGUAUUCUGAGGAACUUUGGUGCUCCUUGGAAAAUUAUCAUGAGUUUCCCAACAGGGAGAUGAGUAAUGGAGGACAAACGUCCUCUAUAAAACAGAGGAACAUAGGAAACUGCCUUAUACUGAGUCAGACCCUUGGUCCAUCCAGCUCAGUAUUGUCUACCUAGACUCGCAGCAGCUUCUCCAAGGUUGCAGGCAGGAGUCUUUCUCAGUCCUGUCUUGGAGAUGCUGCCAGGAAGGGAACUUUGAACUUUCUGCAUGCAGGUGCUCUUCCCAGAGUGGCCCUAUCCCCUGAGACAUCUUACAGAUAUCUGACAAGACAGCUUGGCCUGGUUCACACAUUUGUUCAAAUGAAGUUUAAUGUGGGUUGCUGACCCUGGUGUGAUUGUAUGAACCCACACUAAGGUGAUUUACGACCUGAGAUCAAUCUGAGUUUCCCACCUAGGUGUGCGUUCACACAGUCACACUAAUGUUGGUAACCCAUAUUAAACCUAGAUUUGAAUAACUCUGUGAACCAGGCCCUAGUCUAUACCUAUCGGCCAUCCCAUGCAACAGUUUCAUGGCAAUAGUGCUUUUGCAGACAUCAAGUUAGGGGAACUCUCUUUUAUCAUGCUGUCUUGGUCUGCUCUUACAAGCCCACUUUCAGCAAGCUACAGGAAGGUAACCUUACCUGAGACUUCCUGUUCCAGACUUCCUGGCUCUGUUCCCAAUUGCUUCCCCCUCUGGAACCUGAGUGUCUCCAUUUAGUUCCGUUACUCGUGUGACACAUCUUUCCUCUUUGAAAGCACCCCCAGUCAAUAUUCAAUUAACUUUCACAAUUCUUAAUGCCUUUUAACCCACUUCGCUUUUUCCAGAGCUUGCUAGCACUUGACCAUGCUGGAGGUUUUGCGAAGGAAUCGUUGGGUCACGUAGAUAGCAAGGCAAUUCACCUGAUCAAGAACCGGGUAGGAAAGGCAUUGACAGAGGCCGUCUGUUAAAUGGCAGCUGCAUUCAAGGGCUCUGUCCUGGCCAGCAGGUGUAUCCAGUUGCCGAAUGAGAUAGGAGGGAAAGCCUUCCAAUGCAACUUCUGUUUAACAGGCCUUCACUGUCGAUGACAAAGACAACGAAUAUUUAUAUUCCGCUUUUCAACAAAAGUUCCCAAAAAUGGUUUACACAGAGAAAUAAAAAUAAACCACUCCCAAGAACCAGUUUACAUAGAGAAAUAAAGGAGAGCUGGUCUAGGGAGGAGAGCUGGUCUUGUGGUAGCAAGCAUGAACUGUCCCCUUUGCUAAGCAGGAUAUACCCUGGUUUGCACGUGAAUGGGAGACUACAUAUGUGAGCACUGUAAGAUCUUCCCCUUAGGGGAUGGGGCUGUUCUGGGAAGAUCACCUCCAUGCUUGAAGGCAGAAGGUCCCAAGCUCCCUCCCUGGCAUCUCCAAGAUAGAGAGAGACUCCUGCCUGCAACCUUGGAGAAGCCGCCCGCUGCCAGUCUGUCAAUACUGAGCUAGAUGGACCAAUGGUCUGACUCAGUAUAAGGCAGUUUCCAAUGUUUCUAAAUAUUCAGUGUCUCUUACCUUGUUUUUCCCUUGCAGAUGAUCAAAAAUCGGGAGCAUGGGCAGUUCCCGAAACACUUCUCCUACCCUAUUCUUGAUCAUGUGGCCUGCCUUCCCAUCUUCACAGAUGCUGGUGUCAUUAAAAAGGCAACCUAAGCUGGAUUUUUUCAGCUCUCGUGCUCCAAGUCCCAACUUUAUAUGGGUGACAGGGAAACCCAAAAUGGCUGGCCACUCACCCAUGGCUGAACCUUUUGCCGUGUGCAGAGGUUCUUCUCAGCAGUCAGGAUGAUGCGUAAAGGAUUCCUUGAAGGUCAGAGAUCCGGGGAGAGGUGGUUGGUGAGUUCAGCUCGACGGUCCCUUUUCUCAGGUGGAUCUUGUAACACGUCAGCCCAAUUAUAGUUUCACCAUUGCUUGGAAAGUUCCUGCCUCAAAGCUGUGAAUGAACUGGAUGAUAGCCGGUGCAAUGAUUUUGUGGACAUGGACAUUUGACUGAAUGGGUCAGUUUUACCCAGGUUUAGUUGGGCAGCCAUUUCAUGAAAUCUGUCUCCAGGGGGCAUUUUUGAAGAAGCUUGUGGAAGGGACAGGUACACUUGUGGAGAUCUCCCACAAGUCAAGAUCAGGGAGAACAGAAUUGUAAUCCAUGUGUUUUAUCUGUGAGAGAAAAUGUGUUAGCUUUUGAGCCUCUUCUGUCAUUUUGCCCUUGCACGUCUUCUUUCGGAGGCGGAUACACACAUUCCAGUCCCAAUAUGGUGUUGUCACAGAUAUUUAUAGAUGCAACACAACUGCACAAAGGUAGUGGCCAAACUGUGAUCUGCAAGAGAGCCUUGAAAGAUUAAGUCGGUAUAGUGGAUGUAUACGACUGCGUAUAGCUAGUGCCAUCAUCCCAAAUGAGAGAGUAAGGAUGUUGUGGAAUUCCCCACUGUACUCCACACUAUGGACAACAAGCAUGGGGAAUCCAAGAAUAAUUAUUAUAUGCCCUGACCACCUAGGCAAAGGGGACAAUGGGACAUCAGGAGUCAAUGUUAAUGUGGCAAUCCAGCUAUCGUUAGGAUGAUUCAGGCCCAUUGUCAGGAGCUGACUGAGAAAAUAUAUGUGUAUCUUUUUUUUUAGUAUAAAAGCAAAUUAUUAGGGAUGUGAAAAUUAAUGCGAAUUUGAAUCGAUUUGUCUUGAAUCGUGAUCCAAGUGAUCCAAAACUCAAAUUGAAUCGCCCCUUAAAGGGGCAAUUUAAUUCGAAUCAAAUUUUCAAAAUUUGAUUCAAAUUCGAUUUGACAGCCAUUUGGCACAUUUACAAAAUCAUUUAGGCCCCCUGAUUGGUUUUUAAAAGGUGUCAAAACAGGGUCAAAUUGAUUCAGAUUCAAAUUGAAUUUUCAGACCAGAUUGAAAUUUGAAUGAAUUUUCAAAAUUCGAUUCAAAUUCAAAAUUAAGCGAAAAAAUUGUUUUGUGCACAUCUCUACAAAUUAUACUUCCAGUACUAAUCUAGGGACAAAUCCUGUGACCCAGCUAUCAAACGGUUGAGUAACAUUGCUCAAGAACGUGCCUGCAUCUUUCAGAGGUAAAAUAAGAAUCAUUUCUAAAUUGAUUUGUAUAGAAAAGCCAGUCAGUUAUUCAGGGAUUCAGAUUCUGUUUGCAAGCCCCUUGAUGUAGGCCAGUUGAUCUGUAUAGAAACCUCAUGGAGGCAAGUCUUUACACCAAAUGAAAGCCGAUUUCCCAAGCAGUAGUGAAAACCCCCUUUUUGUCUGGAAUGUGCUGCCUGUUCAUGUAAGGCAGGAUAGACAACAGAAGGGAGCCAGUCUUAAAUUCUUACCCAUCCACAUUUUCUAUGUACAUUCCAGAGAAUGUAGGUUAAACAUUCAAAUUAUAGCUAUGAGAUAUGCAGGAACCAGUUUAAGCAUCGCUCAAAAAAUUAGCCCAAGGCUGCAAUCCUUUGCAUACUUACUUGGGAGUAAGCCUCAUUGAACUCAGUGGAGUUUACUUCACAUAAACAUGCACAGGAUUGUACUCUAACUGUGCCCACAUAUGACCAUAAAUCAGUGUUAUAUUAAUCCAGUUUAACUUAAAACCACAACAAAUCUCAAUGUAAACAAACCCUUAAGUUACUUCUCAGUCCAGGAUUUCUUUUAAAAUAUACAUGAGGAUAGAGGAGUAUCAGAUGUGCACUAAAGUUAUAACGAUACCAAAUUUAUUAUUUUGUUUUUUUAAGUCUAAAUUUUAUUGUGAUGUUUAUAUGUAUGUGUGGUUUCUUUCUUUCAUUUUCUUUUUUAAAAAGUGAACUGUUAAUAUAAAGUGAACCUCCACAGCUAGAAAGACACUGCCAGGUAUAUUUUGGCCAGUAGUGGUGAUUUUUUUUGAAGAAAAUGCUGAGCAGAUCUGUAAUAUUUUAAAUAUAGUUUUUGUACAUAUUGUUCAUGUCUGUGCACAGGUCAAAAGACAAAUCUUACUCUACAUCGCUUGUAACAGUGAGAUUUAUUUUUCUGUUAUGUGUUCUUUUUUAAUCUUUUAUUUGUCUUUUGAGGGGGGUUAUAUUAAAAAGAUACAUCAGAGUUUUUAGUAACUCAUGCUUGGAUUAUAAUGAUUUUUCUCACUGGUGGAUUUUGCCUCCCGCCCCCACCACCCACAAAGUGGUCUUCCAGCAAAACUAAUGCAGUACUAGAAAAAUCUGGAAGAUGUUCAACUAAACAUUUCUUUGUCUUGGGAAGCAGCCGCAGCAGAAUAAUUUAACAAGAGCUGGAAUGUGUAUUGACCAAAGAUGAGACCAGAGCAUUAAUUUUAUCACCUGAGGCGGAAAAUUCCAAUGAGGUGCGAAUGUUCAUACACACACUCACACUGCAGUACAAAAACAAUUGCAAUAAUAAAUAACUGACCAAUUGCCACUC